AUGAAGUCUCAUUUCUCGACUGUUUCACUUUCAAUUGCAAAUUAUUUUAGAUAUUUGGAUCACCACUGUCACUUUAUUACUGUAUUUGAUCUCGGGGAUAUUUUGAUGUUCCUCACCAAGAUGCAAGUUCCAUUCUUAAAAAAUCCAGCUAUUUGGAUCAUAAUAUUCAAUCCUGGUGGAGCUUCGACAUUAGAGGACAGAGCUUUUCUCGCGCAGUUGUUUUCAGAUCGAUCUCAAGAGGUUUCAAAUUUCUUCUGCCGUCACCAUAUUUGUGAUGUCAUUCACGAUUUAAUUGCAGUAUCGAGACUCCUUAAUGGAUUCACGAAUAAAAUAAAAAAGGUGUUUUCAUAG